AUGGCGCUCUUCUGCAUCGACAGGUACGGCGAGGAAGAAGAGGAGGAGAGCGAGGCGGAGGACCGGGCUCGGGUCCUGCUGGAGCGGCUGCGCCAGCAGGCGAAGGCCCGGCAGCUAAGGAGGCAGCAGGAGCCGCAGCCCGAGGGAGGAGAAGACGACGAACUACCCAGAGAAACCAGCCGCGGGGAAGCGGCGCAGAGCCCCGGGCGUGAACCCGGGCAAGGAGCAAGAAAGAGGAAAGGGGAGAGUGAGGAGCAGGCCUGUGCACAAGGACGGAAGAAGCUAAAGAAGAAACAGCAGCAGCGCAGCCCUUCCGAAGAAAGGGAGGACGCUGAGGAGGCGGCAGAUGGCAGCACUCCGUCGAAAAAGAAGGAAAACAGAAAAAAAUCGAAACUGCCUCAAGAGAGGACUGAAGCAGUUCCAGAUUCUGAAGAGGACAUCCAACAACAGGAAAACAAAAGCAGCCUUAAAAAUAAGUAUUUUAAAAGGAAGAAGGGGGAUGAGGAAACAGAGGGAGCUAAAAGAAGAGAGAAAGAAAAGAGUGAAAAAGCUGAAGGACAUCAAAGCACAAAGGAGGAGCCACCCUUAGCAGAAUCCCAGGAAGAGGCAGAACCUCCACACUCCAGUUUGGUGGUGCUUGGAGACUAUGACAUAAAGCCAGUGCAGAAGGUCCAGCCCUUUGUACCACAGUGGCUUGCUCAACCCAAACUAGUGAAGAAACGUAUCAAGGAUAAUCUAGUUCCAAUUGGAGAUGUCCCAGGAAUUCAUCCUUGGCUGCUGAAGAAGCUUCAACUGAAUGGCAUAGAAUCUUUUUUCCCAGUCCAGGCAGAGGUGAUUCCUGCUAUUCUGCAGAGUGCAUCCAAUGGGUAUCUGCUGGGGCAGGGGGGAUACCGCCCCAAGGACAUCUGUGUCUCAGCACCCACAGGCAGUGGUAAAACCCUGGCUUUCGUCAUACCCAUGGUGCAGGUUCUGCUAGAUCGAGUAGUUUGCCAAGUGCGAGCUCUGGUUGUUCUGCCCACCAAAGAACUGGCACAGCAGGUGAGUAAAGUGUUCAACAUCUACACUGAUGGGACAGGUCUGAAGGUCGCUUUGAUUACUGGCCAGAAAUCUUUUGCAAAGGAGCAGGAGAUGCUUGUCCAGAAAAAAGUGACAGGGUACUGCAGCCUGGCUGAUAUCAUUGUGGCUACGCCCGGGCGGCUCACAGACCACAUCGGCCAGACCCAGGGGUUCAGCCUGGCACAGCUACGCUUCCUGAUCAUAGAUGAAGCUGACAGGAUGAUUGAUGACAUGCACCAGAACUGCCUGAACCAAAUUGUCAAAGCUGCAUUCCAGACAGGAAAUAGCUCUGGCUCCAACAUGCUUUUUCAGAGGACCAAACCAGGGCCUCUAACAGCAGCCAGCUGCUGCUCUCCUCAGAUACCCUUACAGAAGCUGCUGUUCUCAGCCACCCUCACCCAGGACCCAGAGAAGCUGCAGCAGCUGGACUUAUUCCAGCCUCGCCUCUUCACUUCUGUCUACUCUGAGCAAAGAACCCUUGGAGAGGGACCAGAGGCUGACCAGGAUUCCAACGGCAAAUACACACUGCCCGAGGAGCUGUCGCAACACUAUGUGCCUUGUGACCUGAACUCCAAGCCUUUGAUCCUCUUGCAUUUCAUGCUGACAAGAAAAUUCACCCGAGUGCUGUGCUUUACCAACUCCAGGGAAGCUUCUCACAGAUUGUUCCUGCUGGUUCAGGCCUUUGGCGGAAUCCCUGUGGCUGAAUUUUCUUCUCGGCUAUCUCCGAGUGAGAGACAGAGAACCAUGAAGGAGUUUGAACAAGGGAAAAUACAACUGUUAAUCAGCACGGAUGCCACUGCCCGAGGGAUUGAUGUGAAGGAAGUGAGUUACGUGCUCAACUACGACGCACCGCAGUAUAUCAGGACCUACAUUCACCGAGUUGGAAGAACAGCUCGUGCAGGAAAAGUGGGGGUUGCUUUCAGCUUGGUCCUUAGAAUUCAGGAACGAAGGUUUCUGCAGAUGUUGAGGGGUGCUGGAGUCCAGGACAUCAAGAAGCAACCAGUGAAGGGCAGCUGCUUAAAGCCAUUGGUGCAGCAGUAUGAGGAGGCUCUCUGUAAACUUCAGGAGGCAGUCAAGAACGAGCGAGCGCAGAAACGAGCCUGAAGGAAAGGAAGCUGAGAAGUUGGGUUUGGUGGCUUUGGAGCUGCUGAAGUCAUGGACUGCUACCCAGCACAGAAGCAGUCCAUGGAAGGACUGAGUGGUUGCUUCCACAACCUUACAUUCAAGUCAGCAAUUAUGGGCUGCAUUUCCCUUUCAAGGACACUGCAAGCAGAAGUUCAGGUUCUGCUUUCAAGCAGAAACAAAAGAUAAAUACUGAGAUACUGUUAUCUGGAAGAGAACUUUGCAUCCUACUGAUCUGGAAAGCUGCCACCAGUGAUGAGGGGAGCCACAACACAGUGCUUGAGCAUGAGCCUGCUGGAGCUGCUGGUCUCCAAGGGUCAGGGCUGUGCCCUGCUUGCCUCUGGGCAGGGCCAGCUCCUGGUUCAGGCUUGCUGCACAAGCAGCUGUAUCUGCAAAUGCACAAAGACCUGUUCAGUGCCUCUGGCAUGUUUGGAGAGCUGCUGUAGGCUCCAGCAUCUGCAACUUUUAAAUAACUCUUCUCUAUGUUUUUAUAACAAUGUCUAAUGAAGACUCCUGGUUACAGGGAUGGAGAUGGUGUU